AUAAGAUUAAAAUUUUCUAAGGUUGGAGUUAAUGUCUAGCUGAUAACUAAAUAGAUAUUUGGUUUAUUUAUAGAUUUGUGGAUUUUUAAAUUCCGUGUUGAAAAUUUUCUACUUUCGAUUUAGCAGACAGAGAAGAAUGAUGAACUCAAGUACGGAAUUUAGAACGGAACUCACCACACAAUGUAAUUCAAAGUGAAACAGGGCAAUUCAGAGGUAAAUAUGGAAAACAGCGAAGUUCAGCUUGAAAAUAGAAAGAAACAACUCGAGUUUUUAAGAAAUAUAUGGAAAGCAGCAGAUUCGAAAUCAGAGGCGGUUAAAUCCGAAUAUGAUACAACAGAUAAAUGUAACAUUGAUAUAAAUUCAAAGAAAACCAACCGACGUAAUAGAAAUGUGUACACACGAUCUGCUGAGUCACAGCUGAUGUUUACGGAUUCAGAGGAUGAGGAAUUUUUGGAGAAUAAGAAGCAUUUUUCCUAUAGGAAAUCAUUUCCCGUCAAAACCCACGAUGAUGAUGAUGAUGACGAAGUAAUUCACAAUAACUUCUUCGUCAGAGACGUAACACCUAAGGCUGAACGAGGACAGCAGGAAGAUUUUUAUGGCAGCUCUAGUCAUGGACCGAGUCUUAUCGUCUUUAUGAACUCCGGAGGGUCAAACUUGGAAGCGAGAAGAAGUUCCGAUGAUGAAAAUCUCCCUGAAGAGGAAAUGGGUUUGGAUGCAGAUUCAACAACCAGCGAGGCAUCUAAAAGUGGAUGGAAAGGCACAAAGACCGGAAUCGAUGAAUUUUCUGAUGGUGAGAACGAUGACUAUGAGAGCGACCACCACCACCAGACUCACUGCCACCACCAACACCACCACUGUCACCACCAGCACCACCACUGUCACCACAAUCACCAGGGACACCACAUUGUCUGCCGCACACACGGCGCUCACAGCCCAGGAAAGGAGGGGGAGAAGAAACAGAAGUAUUCCUUUGAUUAUUGCGAUGAAGAGAGAGAACCUCCGAAAAGCUGGAAGACAUACGGAGUGAGUUACGUUUAUCCCUGUGUACGUGGUUAUGCCGAGGGCUGUGGAAAAUGUCGAAAUUGCAAGACAGGAAAUAUGAUUUCCACCAUGGAGCAUCUGUCGGAAAGCAUUGACUGUGAAAUCCAUGAUGUGGUCCCAGACGGAAACUGUCUCUUCCGCUCUGUUGUUGAUCAACUGAGAAUGAACGGAGAAUUUCAUUGGACGGCUAAAACUAUACGUCUCAUGGCGGUAGAAUUUUUGCGGGCAAAUCCCCAACAUGAAGAUGGAUCUCCCCUUGCGAUGUUUUUAUCCACGGAAUCCUGGGAUGAAUAUUUAUCUAGAAUGUCCAGAGACAAGGAAUGGGGUGACCAACUUAUUUUACGAGGAAUCAGCAACAUUCUUGGGAGAACUCUUUCGAUCAUCAGUGCGAUUGGAAGUGGCCAUAAUCAAACCACAAUCGAACCGUAUAUUCCUAGUGACGACAUUACAAAGAAAGAACCACUGCAGCUAGGUCAUUUUGAUGAGCAACAUUACGUCAGCCUUAGGAAGAAAAAUUGGUCAGAUACCUGGUUUGAACCUCCAUUUGAUGUCCCCCACACCAUUAACUUCAAACAGCGGAGGUCUGUGUUUAAUACUCCAAACUUUAACUUUACCAUCUGGUUUUACAACUAUGGUCAUCUCAUCACUAAAAAUAAAUUUUUUUUGAGAAUCCCAGAUGGGGGUCGUCCAGAGUGUAAUCUUGUCAUGGUUAUCAUAAAAUUUAUUAACAUCAAUAACGGUGUCCUAAGACAGGAUUAUCCAGUUUCGGAGACUGAUGAUGAAGCAAACAAAAUGGACACGUACUUUGGAGUCCAUACUGAUCUCUUGACUUCUAUACCUUUCAUUCAUCUACAUUUCCUCAUCAACAAAACAAUUCCAAUUCGGGCAUUCGUCAACGACAAACCUCCCUGGGCUUCCGACAAGACUUGUGAAAAGUAUCGCUCAGUAACGGUCGGAAACAUUGAAGAGGAAUUAGAUCCCAACCUCUCGAUUUUCCCAAAAUUUGGAAUGUCCUACAACAAACGAGAAAGAAGUUUUUGUUUUACCCUUUUAAGCAUCAGCAACGAGUGUGUCAUUUUGAACGAUAUUCAUGAGAAAAGCGAGGUUGAUAACCAUUUUUGUCUGGAUUUCGAGAACAUGCCGCCCUCCUUAACGAAAUUAGUAGUCAUCCAGCCCUCCUUUUACGCGUCGGCGUAUAUCAAAUUCAAGGAUGGGACUGCGUAUCUUUCAGCAAACUUUCUUCUUCAUUACUCUUCUAAUAAAGGAAAAGUCAAAAUGAUUCCAGGAAUAGAGUGUCUCAAAUGGCCAGCUGAUAUAUUAAAUUCAUGGCUCGCGAGGGAAAGACCCGCUUGUUGGCCUUCGAAGGAUAUAAUUGCUAAAGUAUCGGAAGAAAAAUGCGUCGUUGUUCCAUGCGAAUCCUCCGAUGAAUUAACUUGGAGGCUUAAUUUUAUGCUACCCAUUCGAGUUUUGAUUAAAGAAGGAACCACUUCUCACCAACGCCAUUGUUACAGAGUGUUUAAACUUCUAAUUGACGGUAUUGCUAGUACAAAAAAGAUCAACCUAUCUUCGUAUGCAGUGAAAUCCAUUUUCCUCUACGCCAUGGAAAAAAUUCCUUUGGAUUUUUGGACAAACAAUAAAGGCGGAUGUUUAUUAUACCUUUUAGAUAGACUUCUAUUCUCUAUUCAUAAAAUGGAGAUACCAGACUAUUUUAUUCCAGCAUGGAAUUUACUGGAAGACGUAGCAGAAGAGGAAAUCCAAAGUCUGUACUCAAGGAUUUUGGCAAUUCGACAGUUUCCGAUAAUUUCGAUAGUUUUGGUGACUGAAAAGCGUGGCUUACCAGGCAGUUCGAUUGCGGAACCGCUUAUAGAUCACAUCGAGUCCAUAAAAAGUGGGCAUUACAUUGAAGGGUCCGAGAGAGAUGUUUUCUUCCAGAUCAGCAUUGAAGAUGUGAAGAAUAAGUUAUAUAACUAUUUCAUUAGAGAUGCUACAGACUCAUUUGUUGAGUUAUAUGAAGAAUUUCUUAGCUUUAAUAGAGAUGGGCCUUCAUUGGAAGAAUUUGCAUGCUCCUAUUUUCAAGAUUUGCCGAAUAGUAUGCAAUGGUGGUUUUACUUUUUCUUGGAUCAUCUCCACAACAGUAGAGCGCUUCAAUUUAUCAUGGGUAUGUUUGGUGGAACACCAAUCGGGGAUCUGUUAGGACCUGACAGAAAGAAAGGGAAGUUUGAUGAGGUACGCGUACCUGAUCCUUUAUUACAAGAAUCAAAAAUCUACAUUACAUUGCAAGAAACUGACGUAGCUUUCCUAACGGAUCUCUCUAUGAAGCUAGCUGUAACCAGAGAAUAUGAUCUCUGCUCCCAUUAUACAAUGGAGCUCAUCCGACUUUUGAAAGAAAAAGUCAAAGCAACCGCGGAUUCUUAUCAGAGCAAAAACGACAAGGCUCUAUAUCAAACAAACUACCAAGGCCAAACGCUGACAUUGCAAUAUUACAUGGUGAUGAUGUCUUCAUUUCAACGUUUAUUUACAGCUCUAAAGGAAUUGGGGAACACCGAUCUUUUCACGGAAUACAUUGAAGAUGCUGAAAAUGCAUGUGCUUUGAUUGGGAUUCCAGAUAAUUAUUACUAUCUGGCAGAGUUUUAUAGAGGCUUGGGAUGCGCAGAGAAGUACAGAGAAGCCAUGAGAAUAUACAAUGGUGAUUCUUCGGAUGACGUGUCGAAUGUUUAAGAAAGUUGUUAAGAGGAACAAUUUAGAAUUAGUCUUUUUUUAUCAUUAUCCAAAAGGAACUCAGCCAUAAUAGAGGAAAAACAACAAGUAUAAAACUACUUUCGUGCAAUUUUCAGUAUUUAUUUAAUUCCUGUACGUUUGAGUCAAUUGUGAACCUUAAAUACCAGUAAUAGAUUUUAAAGGAUGUUAUGAUGGUUGCUUCGCUGACAAAAAAACUUAUACAUAUCAAUGAAAUCAAUGUUAUUAGUACAAAUUAAUUCAAUAGCCAUUAAUUGUUUUGUUCAGUCGGAUUGGCGAGGAUAUAGAUAUGCGCUUUUGUGUGUUUGAGUUGUUUGUCCUUUCAAACAUUUGUGGAAAAUGGAAGUAUGUUACAUUUUGAUAGAGAUCAAUUUCAAAUGCUGCCUUGAUUUGAGUUGUCUCGCUUUGUCAAUAAAAGGAAAUACAUUUAAUGAUGUAUAUGAUAAUUCUGUACGAAGCAUUUUUCUUUGGAUGUGCCCCACCACUAAUCAAUGUGACCAACUGAAAUUUGGUAUGGCAAUGCCCCUUUACUUUGUGCAGAAGGG